CGAGGUAUGGAUUUCUGAAUUAUCUAAGCGUUCUGUUGAUUUUUGUAUUCAUAAUCUUAUAUGUAUGCUGACUAGAAAUUUAGUUUUGUGCAAUGAUUGUGUUCUUGGAGACGAUUGCUUUCAUUUUGAUUCACGAUCCUGUCUGUUAUAUGUUUCGCAUAUUCAAAUUAGUAGUUUUAGCUUCAAAAUUGAUGGUCGAUGCUCUAGAUUUAACAGCAAGAUUCUAUCUAUACUAAGAACACUUAGUUAAUUCAUGUAGCUGUAAUUUUUUCACGAAACAAAAACAUUCUGCAACUUUAUUUUGGUUUAAAAUUGGGACUUUUAAUUUGAUUUUUUCCCCGACUUUAUUAGAAAAAUGAGAUUUGAUGAUGCGAUGGUGUCUUUUUCUCCAUGUUUUCUAGCAUUCGUAAUUUAGCUGGAGAGAUAACUGAAUUUUGCAGAAGUGAUUUUAAGAUGAGUUCAAUAAGAUCCUAAUGUUCAUUUUACGAUAUUUUAUUUGCAAUAUGAUAUUGCUUUUCUUUUGUUUGUAUGUUUCUUCAAAUUUUGAUUUCCCAUAAUUUUCUGUUCGCAAAUAUCAUCGUUUUCUUUGUUUUGUGUUUGCUGAUUUUUGCCUUUUUGGAUUUUGAGAUGUCAAAUUCAGUUGCAACAUCUUUUGCCUUUUGGUUUUCCCCAAUAUGUAUGGUGCAUGAAACCGUCUUCCAACAUACAAGUAAUCGAGGCUGGAAUCUCAACAGCGCUCGUUGCCAAAUCCCAAUUUGGGUAUUUUGGUAAGAAACACUAAUGAGCUUGAGAAUUGGCAUAAAUCUUUGCCAUAGGCCUUUGGUAUUGGAGCUUUUCUUUUCAUCAUCACAUAUUGGGGUUAAUUCCAUAUGCAGCCAGUCAAUUGUGUCUAUUUUCUCUGAUAAUAUAAAUUAUACACAAAUAUUCCGUUACUUCCAUUCAUUACAUGUUUAUUAAAAUGUAUGGCAUAAAAAACUCUCAAGUUUCUGCGACUCUUUGGCCUUUAAAAUUUGACUCUUACCGGUGUUUCCAUGAUAACCUUUUUUGCUUUCUUCAUUUUAAGUAAUUUUUAUGCAUGUGAUUAUUGAUGACCAAAUAAAAGCUGACUUUUACUUUUUAUCGUUUUUGUUGUGAUUUAGUUGGUUAGUCUACAUUGUUUGCACAGAUUAUGUGCUAAAACAGAUGGGGUAGAUAGUGAAAUUAAUACCCAUAUCUAAAUAUGGUAUUCACAUAUACCUAUAGCCAUGUGAACUUUUAGUUUUUUUAAAUUGUUGUGUUUUCUUCUGUGAAAUACUUGGAAAUGAACUUAUGAGUUUUGCAGAUACAUAACAAGCUAGGUACCAUGUCUCAUCGCAAAUUUGAGCAUCCCAGACAUGGCUCAUUGGGGUUUCUUCCUCGGAAAAGGGCUGCUCGCCACAGAGGAAAAGUGAAGGCAUUCCCCAAAGACGAUUCUGCCAAACCUUGCAGACUAACUGCCUUCUUGGGAUACAAAGCUGGGAUGACCCACAUUGUUAGAGAAGUUGAGAAGCCUGGGUCAAAACUUCACAAGAAAGAGACRUGUGAAGCRGUGACUAUUAUUGAGACACCCCCGAUGGUGGUGGUAGGAUUGGUGGGUUAUGUCAAGACCCCACGGGGMCUCCGCAGUCUGAAUACUGUUUGGGCYCAGCAUCUGAGUGAGGAUAUCAAGAGGAGAUUUUACAAGAACUGGUGCAAAUCAAAGAAGAAAGCUUUUGCCAARUACUCAUUGAAGUAUGAAACCGAGCCAGGGAAGAAGGACAUUCAGUCCCAGUUGGAGAAGAUGAAGAAAUACUGCAAUGUCAUCCGUGUGCUUGCMCACACACAGAUCCGAAAGAUGAAAGGUCUUAAGCAGAAGAAGGCCCACCUGAUGGAGAUUCAAGUGAAUGGUGGCAAUGUGGCACAGAAAGUUGAUUUUGGCUACAGUUUUUUUGAGAAGCAGAUCCCCAUUGAUGCUGUUUUUGGGAAAGAUGAAAUGAUUGACAUCAUUGGUGUGACCAAGGGUAAGGGUUAUGAAGGGGUGGUGACCCGUUGGGGCGUGACCCGUCUGCCUCGCAAGACCCAUCGUGGGCUGCGGAAGGUUGCUUGUAUCGGAGCAUGGCAUCCUGCUAGGGUUUCAUUCACCGUUGCAAGGGCUGGACAGAAUGGUUACCAUCACCGGACUGAAAUGAAUAAGAAGAUUUACAAGCUUGGGAAGGCUGGCCAGGAGUCCCAUUCUGCAAUCACUGAAUACGACAGGACUGAGAAGGAUAUAACCCCAAUGGGAGGGUUCCCACACUAUGGGGUGGUGAAGGAUGACUUUCUGAUGAUAAAGGGGUGCUGUGUGGGACCGAAGAAGCGUGUGGUGACGUUGAGACAGUCGUUGUUGAACCAGACAUCGAGGCUUGCAUUGGAGGAGAUCAAGCUGAAGUUCAUCGACACGUCCUCCAAGUUUGGGCAUGGUCGUUUCCAGACGGCUGAUGAGAAGUCCAAGUUCUAUGGACGAACAAAAGCAUAAACAUGGAAUUUUGUUUAGUCAUUCAUUCAGACCUGUGAUUUUGGUUUUCCGAUUUAGAACUUGGAAUGUUAUGAAGUUUGUUUUGGUUUUGUUGCUGGAAAUUGCAUGUUUGGCAGCAAAUGCUUUGUUUCUUGGUACUCAUGAUAUUUAAAUAAAUUUGACGAGUUUUC